AUGUUCAUUAAAUUUGCUCUACUAUUCGUUCUAGCUCUCGCUUUUUGCGAAGGAGCUGAGAAUGCAACAAUUUCUAAAAAUAUCCUUGGAAUUGGAAGAAUGCAAUCUGUCGCAGUGUCUGGAAGACUCAUUUGUCAAGGACGCCCAGCGUCGAAUAUUAAACUGAAGUUGUAUGAAAACGAAAUCUUAUUCGAUCGUCUAAUGGAAGAAGGAAGAUCUGACUCUAACGGGCAAUUCCGACUAUCAGGAUCCAAGAGAGAAAUCACUAGCAUUGACCCCAAAUUGAACAUCUAUCACAAAUGCAACUACAAUGGAUUGUGCUACAGAAAAUUUACGAUCAAGAUUCCAAAGGAUUUCGUCAACACUGGAAGCCAGCCCGAAAGAACUUAUGAUAUUGGAACAUUGAAUCUGGCUAAUAGAUACUCUGGAGAAUCAAUUGAUUGCAUCAAUUAA